UUUAUUUCAAGUCGGAGAUACAUUUGAAAAAGGUGUAGCAUUUCUGAUCCUAACAAUCACUCAAUACAUUUGAUUAGACGCAUGGCUUUUCUGCUGAGUAGCCUGGUACUGCUUUUAGGAGUCCUAGUGAAGACGAUCUCACAAGCGUGUAUUUGGGUAAUGGUAAAUGGUGGGCCAUUGUGUUUGAAGUAGACAGAGCAAUCUUGCUUGAAACUGCGACCUACCAACCAAGAGAAGCGAACAGGCAUCAGCUUUUACAACAACCCAGAUGAACUGGUCACAACCUUGACCAUGACAAACCUGCGCAGCAGUGAUUCGAACCGCUACUGGUGUGCAGUCAAAACACGAGGUUCCUAUCUCAGAAUAUCUCUAGAACUUACCGUCACUGAGGGUAUUCCAGAUCUGUCAGCAGCCAGCAACAUGGUGUCAGGUGAAGAGGGCGGCAAUGUUACUGUACAGUGUCUCUACAGUGACAAAUUUAAAGAUACUGAGAGAAAAUGGUGCAGAAGUGGAGAUCUGCACUCCUGUCAAACGGCUCAGGAUAUAGAGCCAUCCCUCGGUGCAGCUCUACAGAUAAAUGAUACAAAUGAUGGCGUUUGUACAGUGACACUGACAGGGCUGAAGAAGAAAGAUGCAGGCUGGUAUUGGUGUAUGGCUGGGGAUGUGCAGGUUCCUGUUCAUAUCAAUGUUGAUUCAAGACAACCCAUUACAGAUGCCAACACAAGACCUGUCAUGUUUACGACAGCACAAUCUUUCACUUCAUCUAACUCUUUUGAUGUGCACAACCAUAAUUCACUAACAACACUUGCACACACACCAUCAAAAUUACCUGAAAGUACAUCAGUUCAGACAGAAAAAACUGACCAGACAUCCACAGCAUCACCAGAGCAGUUUCAUUCAACGACACAGUCCUCAUCAUAUCCAACCACAACGGAGAACUCAAAACAUGACCCAUCACACAGCAGUAGUACUGUUAGGACAACACUAACCAGCAGAUCAACAACUCUUCAUGUUGACAAUAACUCUACAGUUACUCGGUCAUCUAAAGAUCUGACAUGUGAACCCAAAACCACUUAUGACAGCAGGUAAGGUCAAAAUAUACUUCUGUAAAACAUA